AUGGGUAUUGUGGGCACAUUCCCGGAUGCGAUUGGUAUACUUCUAGGUGGAGCUUACUUAACAUAUUUACAGCCGGGUUCUCUUCAACUGACCUUGUUGAUUACGAUCGUUGAAAUAUUAGGCACAAUUAAUUACGUGGGCGCUCUAUUCUUGGGCUGUCCGCAGACAACUUACGCCGCUUUGCCACAGAAUAAUAUCAACAAUUAUGGCACUGGAUUAAUGUGUAAUACAAAUUGUUCAUGCCCGCAAAAGUUUCAGCCCAUCUGCGGUCCCGACAAUUACACCAACUAUUUCUCGGCCUGUUUUGCCGGUUGUAGUCCACAGUCUCUCAUAUCAAUGAACGGCACAAAACAAUACUCGGACUGCAGUUGUAUUGAUACCCCGGGAGUGGCCACCGAAGGCUUUUGCGAACCCAAUUGUGGCAACAAUUUUGAAAUACUUAUAAUUUUGGGACUAAUAAGUGGUAUAAUUGGUGGACAGUCGUGGACAGGCAAUGUUAUCAUAUCCUUCAGAAUUGUUGAUCCGGAGGACAAAAGCUUGGCGUUGGGUUUAGCAGGAUGGUUUUGCUCAAUAUUUGCAUUCAUACCAUACCCUCUGGUGUACGGUUGGGUCACAAACAGCGCGUGUGAGGUCUGGGAGUCAAAGUGCGGUAAAACCGGUAAUUGUCUGGUCUAUGAUUCGGACAAAUUCCGGAACCGACUCCACGGCCUGACACUAACCCUCUAUUAUAUCGGUUCAGUGUUUGAUAUAAUAGUGGUUUUGCUGUCAAAGAGAAUCAAGAAUUUAUACGACGACAAAGAAGAAGAGGUUCAAGAAAUCAGCUGA